AAACGAAACGAGUUAAACAAUGAUGUCUUAACUUUUGGCUAGGGAUUACAAAACAGAAGCUGCCAAAAGACAAAAAUCAAGCAAGAUUGCUGAUCGCAAAGAAACGGAUAAGUUUGCAGUUCUUUGUAGUACUGCUUGGUUUGACUCAGGAAUAAAUCGCCGGUACGUGCUCGAUAUCAUCUGUCAUCGAAAGGAAGCUAGAAGAACAUUUAACGACGACCUAUGACGUCAUAGCUAGGAUCCUGACUCAAUGCGUAAAAAGCGAUUUCACCGAAGUUUCGCUUUAGUCAAAAUUUCUUGUUUCACUUAUAGACCGCUGAAAUGAUUCAUCGAAAAGAGAUCUACGUUGAAAGGCUAGGUUUGAUGCCCCUCUCUGAAGAAGGCGGCUACUUCGGAGAAACUUAUCGCUCACCUGAAACAGUACAAGUGGAGGAGAGAGAAGGAGAAAGCCGAAGUUUAUUCACCACGAUUUACUAUCUGAUCGUACCUGAACUGGGAGGCAAAAACUAUUUUAAUCGCAAUAAGAGUGACAUCACACAUUAUUUUCACGAUGGAUGGCCGGCUAAAUAUAUUUAUAUCACACCGGAGGGCGACAUUAAAGAAUCUAUCUUAGGUAGAGACAUUUUGAAAGGCCAUGUUCUUCAACUGAGGGUUCCUGGUAAUUGUUUGAAAGCGGCUAAAAUUCUCGUCGACGAUGCUGGAGAAUAUGCAAAGUUUCCUGGUGAGGAACCGUUCACGUUGAUUUCAGAAGAAAUGUCUCCGGGCUUUGAUUAUAGAGAUCGCUAUGUACCGACUGCUUCUGAAGUGGAAGCUAAGUACCCAGACUUGUGGCCAAAGUUGGAAGAGUAUUGUGCACCGGGCGAGGAAUAAUAGAACUGAAUCUCCCCGAAAGGUUUACGUCGAUUGAAUCCUGUCUCAGCUUGCGGCGUCACCUGAAAAGAGACCGGUAGCUAGAACAGAUCAGAGCGAUAUACGAUGCAUGCGAUUUCUAAACAAGGCUCUCAGGUGACCCAGAGGUCUUACAGAUGUCAGAAUUUGUUUCUUAAACCUGCUUCUGUCAUAUCUUUGUAAUUUGAACUUCUGACAGUCGCGUAGGACACUAGACGAAAGAGGUCAUACUCAGCGCUGUAUUAAUUAUAACAACCCGAGAGCGCAAGAGUAAAAUGAUUCUGAUAAAAGUUCAGUGGCUAGAUAAUAUUUAUGUUAUUUAUAGCUAGAUCUAAUAUAUUUAAGAGCUAAUAUUUAUGAAUGAACUCAAUUGUAAAGCAAAAAUUCGAUUCUCUGGCUCAUUUAGCGUUCAGUCACUGUAUUC